AUGCCGCGCGCCGGCGCACUCCUGCUGGCGUUAGCGGCCGUCCUACUCGCCGCUGAGUGGGCUCAUGCAUCAUACAUUGACCCUGGAGACGACGACGUUGAAGUAAACCUGUCUGAUUACGGAGAAGAUCCCGCUGAUCUGCAGCUGCUGCAGGAUGUUGGAAAGCGCGCCUGUGUGAAGCGAGGAGGCAACUGCGACCAUCGGCCUGGCGACUGCUGCCAUUCCUCCUCGUGCAGGUGCAACCUCUGGGGCUCCAACUGCCGCUGCCAGCGCAUGGGGCUCUUCCAGAAGUGGGGGUAG